ACGCAUGCACCUGGUCUCCCCGAGACGAACCGAGCAUGCGUCACGCUGCCGGCCUGGUGGGAGUUCCGUGGGUGCUUGAGAGUGGGACGGACAGAGAGAAAACGACAUUUCAUGUACUUCCUAGUAAACGCCGAGGGCUGCUUCACACCUCAAUCUGUUUUACACUCUGAAACCUUGAGGAAUUGAAAUGCUGAAAGAUGUCGUAUUACUCCAGAAGUUCCAGAGCUUCAGACUGCAAAGUCUACGUUGGUGAUUUGGGAACAGGAGCUGCCAAAGGAGAGCUGGAGCGAGCCUUCAGCUACUAUGGCCCUCUAAGGAAUGUUUGGGUAGCACGGAAUCCACCAGGCUUUGCUUUUGUGGAGUUUGAAGACCCCAGAGAUGCAGAAGAUGCUGUGCGUGGGAUGGAUGGCAAGGUUUUAUGUGGAUCGAGGGUGCGCGUUGAGCUGUCAAAUGGAAUGUCACGCAAAUCACGCUAUGGCCGCCCUCCUGCUCGUCGCCAGUUUGACCCUAAUGACCGUUGCUAUCAGUGUGGAGAGCGUGGCCACUAUGCCUAUGACUGCUACCGUUACAGCAAAAGAAGGCGUGGCAGCAGUCGAUCUCGAUCUAGGUCUCGUUCCCGUUCGAGAUCCAGAUCAAGGGGGCGUCGUUACACGAGAUCCCGAAGCCGCAGCCGCGAUCGCCGCACACGUUCCCGUUCUCCUUCGUAUUCUAAGAGGAGAAGUCGGUCCCUCACUCCAAUAAGGUCCAAAUCCAGAUCGCCAAUUGGAAGAAGCCCUUCAAGAUCACGGUCUCGAUCAAGGUCUUUUUCUAUUAAACGAGAAAGUCGCUCCCCUUCAGAAAGUUCUCGUAAGACCCCAAGUCCUGGAAGAGAUGACUGAAAUGCAAAGACUUUGAGAAGAGUGCAGCAAAGGGGCCCUCAUCACCUGACCACCUUUUAACUAACCUAGAUGUUUUAGUGCCUUUUUACGUGCAUGCAUUCCACAGAAAAGUGUUACUACUGUUCACUUAGCACGAGUAAAUGUUCUUAAUUGAAUGUUGUGAAACAAUUGUACAGCUUGUUCAAUGGACCUUCUUCAUUAGCUGGCAAGGGUUCAGUUAAAGUGCUUGCAUUUCUUUGUAUUAAAUUUUACACAUUUAUCAAGUA